CAAAUUGUGAUAAAUAAAAAUAAUAUUAAUUAAUUAAUUGUAAAAGUGAUAAAAACUAAAAGCGUAAAGCCGUCGGCGAAUCAACAAUAGAAACCAGAAGAACAGUCGACAUUAUCGAGCAAUAAUACCAAUAUCCAAAAAAAAAAGUCGAUUCGAGUCGAUUUUUUCAAAAACUUCCACACCCGCAACCCAGAAGAACCAAUGAAAAUGGAUGUUAUCCAAGCUCAAUUCUACGACGGUGUUCUUGGCUCUAACAAAACUAGAGAUUGGACCAGCACACUGACACCUCUGCCAGUUGGACAAAUCACAGACUUUGUGCCCGCUGUGAUGCCCAAGAAGGCCAAGACCGCCGCCGCUGUAAGCGGUAGCAGCAGCUCCACCACCACUACCACAGCCACUUUGGGCCAUAGCAGUAUUAAGCACAAACAGCCGGCCAAUAGCACUAGCGGUGGCCAAAGCAAGAAGACCAAGCCCAGCUACACCACCAGCAACAGCACCACCAGCAGCAGCAGCUACUACUACGCCGACGAGGAGGAGGUGGGCAGCUACUACGCUGACGAUGAUCUCAACACGAAGGCCGUCAAGGAUCUGUCCAUUCGCCUCCUCGACGAACUGAGGGCGGCCAAGUCCAGGCAUCUGACCUGCACCGAAGUCUCCCUACCCUGUGAUCUCACGCCGAACGUCGCCCGCGACAUUGUCCGGGUGUCCGAGAAGGAGCCCUGCGGCAUCCGCGGCUGCACCAUCUACAUUGAGUUCGAGGACGAGCCACAGAACUCAAGGCGCAUCGCCUCGAUUAAGGUCGAUCCCGAUACGGUGUCCACCUUUGAGGUGUACCUCACCCUGCGACAGGAUCAUCGCGGCUGGACGUCCCUCCUGCCCCAGUUCAUGAAGAGCCUGGCCCGCACGAUCACCAUCAGUCCAGAGUAUACGAUCACCAAGAACAAGUUAUACUCCGCCGAUGGAUUGGGUGCUCGUCGUAGCUAUAGCUUCGGCAGUCAUACCCAUAGUCCCAGUGCGGCCAUUGCCACGCCCACCAACUAAAUAAAUGGGCGCAGAGGACGAUAAAGAAGAAGAAGAAUAAACACCACCCCUGUGAUGAUCGAGAGAGCAGUAGUUUGUUGCAGAGCGAUAUUGCAGAGCGACAACGAAGCAAGUAUUCGAAGCCACCCCACCUACACACCAACACACACACACUACAAACACAUACAUACAUUUAGGGUACGCCAACCACACUCUCAUACUAAUACUAUUUAGAAAGAAGAAAGGGGGGGCCUGGAGCCAGGCCCUGGAGGAUUUUUUGUAAUUGUGACUCUCACCACCAUUUUACUUAGAUGCGUAGUGCUAUAACAAAUAACUAGAGUUUUAAGUUGUUUCUCCUUUUUCAAAAACGCAAAAGCAAGGAAUGAAAAAAAACAAAAAACAAAAAAAUUAAUAAAUAUUACUAAAGUAAAGGAAAAAAACAA